AUGGCCUCAGCAGAUUGGACCGUCGUCCGAUACGGGAAAAGGCGGAGGCUUUCCCGUAAUCGUGACAACCAGCAGGGUGGGUUUCCUUCGGGAGGGAUGGCCCGUGCAUUUCCUGCCUCACAGAGGUGGCAGGCUCAGUCCCCUUCCCCUAACUGGCCAGUGCCUCGCUCCGGAGGACCCACCCGCUACCGUGGUCCACAAUCCCGCUCUUAUGCAUCGGUUGCUCGCAGCAACACCUUCCAAACUGUCCGGUUCAUCCCUAGACGACAGUUUCAGGGUGUGAACCAGGAUCAGCGUCGUCCAGCAGACCCGUCAUUUGGUGGGUUAGUGCGUAAGCUUUACGGGAUUAUUAAAAUGGUACACCAUUUGCAAAAUGUUGCCCCAGCCCCGGGUAAGGACGAACCUAGGACCAUUUCACGAAUGGUGGAACACUUGGGGAACAUGAUCAAACCGGCAGCUCCCACAGUACACACGACAGAUAUGAUUUUGGGAAAUGCCAUGAACUGGGGGCAUAACACCCUAAUCAUACUGGAGGACCAUUACCGGACAGGGUUGGAGAAAAUGUUGGCGGAACUGGCCAACGAUCUUGUCCCGGAUUGGAAGGAGGCCUUCAAGGUCGCCACUCGGUGGGCCCACAGGAACUUGCCACGCAUGAAAAAUGAGUCCAUUGAGCAUGCGGAGGCAAUGAUUGCAUCAUGUGGGAUUGACAGAGGGGUAACUCAGGACCAACCACAAAUGGUCCGUGCCUCAUCAGAUCGUCCACUGGCACGAGAACGCACAGAUGGCUGCACUCAAACAGGGGAUGCACAAGUAGGUGGCACCCAAGCGGUCACCACCACAGUCCCUCAACAACAGCAGAGGGUGGAGGUGGAAUGCAGGACGGUGCAGUCAGGACCGGAGUCCCACACAGUGGCCACCAUGACAGGGGACAGCCCUGAGGAGGGUGGAACGGGGAUGACCCCACAAGCAGAAAUGGUGCAGGGGAUGAUGCCCUGGUCACCGGAUCCUGGGGAGGGUCCAAGUGGGCAACAUAGAGCUGAACCUCCCAAAGAGCGCAGAACGGUGCGGGGAAGGUUGAGUAGAAGGCCUAGGCGUUCCCCUGCCUUUUCUUCCUCCUCGUCUUCUACUGGACCCCUUGAUGAUGAUAGAAUCCUAGCUAUUUUGGCGGAUUUGGCGGGGGAAUCUGCAGAGGAAAGACAGCAGGAAGGCUCCGAAAGAAAUCAGAUGAAUCCUGCUACACAGAAUGGAUCAACCGAAGUAGUAGGAGUCCCAAGUGUUGGAUUCCACAGUGAUGAGGACCAGGCAGCCUCUGGCCAAUCACCACUGGUUGAAACUUCCGUAGCCCAGGAGGCUUCCCUACAAGCAUCUAUCUAUAGGAUUCUUCUGCUGGGGGAAAAUGAGGACAAAAUGAUAAAACUCUGUAGCUUCUUAAUGAAGGAUGGAGAAAUUCGACAACACAAGUCAUCAGGAUGCAUGGCCUUCUAUGGAAAGUGGGAAGGGAAAUCAUUAACAGUAGUGAAACCUCACAACAUCUUCAGUCUGUCUGUGGAGAGAGUGAAAGAGGAGAUGAAGAGCUGUGUGAGUCUUUGUCCUCCUGGACCAAAUGUUCUGCUGUUAGUAAAACCUUCUGAUUUCACCGAGGAGAACAGUAAAACUCUGAAUUUCAUCCUGAGUUUAUUUGGAGAAGAUGCCUUUAAACACUCACUGGUCAUCAUAACGGAUAAUGAGGGAGAGAAUAAUUCUGUGAAAAAUAUUCUCAAAAACUCCAAAUUACAGCAACACAAAGUCAUUCUUGACAAAGAAGAUGUUCCAACCCGUAAUCUAAAAGGGUUAAUGCAAAAAGUUGAAAAGACAAUGGUUGACAGAGGUUAUUUAAUGUUAAAAAAAGAACCUCUGAAUCUUGUUCUCUGUGGAAGGGGAGGAGCAGACAAGGCUUCAGCAGCCAAGGCCAUUUUAGGUCAGACAGAGCUUCAUUCAGUCUCCAACUCAUCAGAGUGUGUUAAGCAUCAGGGAGAGGUGUGUGGACGUUGGGUUUCCCUGGUGGAACUGCCUGCCUUGUAUGGAAAACCUCCGGAGGCAGUGAUGGAGGAAUCAUUCAAGUGUAUUUCCUUCUGUGAUCCUGAGGGUGUCCAUGCCUUCAUCCUGGUCCUACCUGUGGCUGCCAUCACUGAUGAAGACAAGGGAGAGCUAGAGACCAUUCAGAACACAUUCAGCUCUCAAGUCAAUGACUUCACUAUGAUAUUGUUUUUAGAAUCAACCAGUAAACCAAAUAAUGUUGAAAAGAAAAUAAAAAAAGACAGAAACAUAAAAGAGCUCUUUCAGACCUUCAGACCAAGACAUAUGGUUCUCAACAUCAAGAAGAAAGAGCAGAUUCCAGAGAUUUUUGAGAUUGUGGAUGAAAUUAAACUGACCACAGACAAACCAGGCUGUUAUACAGUGAUAACAUUUUUACAUGCACAAAUGGAGAAAGUCUUACAGCAAGAGAAAACCAUCAAGAUGCAGAAAAAUGAACUUAAACAGAUAAACACAAUCACUGGUGAUGAAGGUGGAGAACAGAACUCAGACUGUCUCAGGAUUGUGCUGAUUGGGAAGACUGGCUGUGGAAAGAGCUCUACAGGAAACACCAUUUUAGGAGAGGUCAAAUUUAAACCUGUAUUUGGUCAGAUGGCAGGGACCAAAUAUUGUCAAAAAGCACACGGUGAGGUGGACGGUCGUCCUGUUGUUGUGGUCGACACUCCUGGUCUGUUUGAUACAACUUUGACGAAUGAAGAUGUUCAUGAGGAGUUGGUGAAAUGUGUCAGUCUUCUGGCUCCAGGACCACAUGUCUUCCUGCUGGUGUUACAGAUUGGAAGACUUACAGAAGAGGAAAAUAAAACACUGGUGCUACUUAAAAACUUCUUUGGGAAGAAUUCCCAGAGGUUCACCAUUAUCCUUUUAACUAAAGGAGAUGAUCUGGAGUAUAACAAAGUGUCUGUUAAUGACUUCAUCAAGAACAAUUGUGCUGAGUCCUUUAAGAAGCUGAUCUCUGACUGUGGAGGAAGAUACCAUGUGUUCAAUAACCGUGACAAAGAAAACAAACAACAAGUCAGUGAGCUGAUAACAAAGAUUGACAUCAUGGUGAAAGAAAGUGGAGGAGAAUUUUUCACCAAUGAGAUGUUGCAGGAGGCUGAAGCAGCAAUAAAGAAGGAAAUGCAGAAGAUCCUCAAGGAGAAGGAAGAAGAGAUGAAUAGAGAAAAGGAGGAGAUUAAAAGAAAAUAUGAGGAAGACAUGGAAGAAAUAAAAAAAAGAAUGGAAGAAGAGAGAGAGAAAAUGGAAUAAGAGAGAAAAAAGAAAGCCGAGGAACUCAAAGAAAUGCAGGAUAAAAUCCGGUUGGAACAAGAGCAGAGAAAAAAAGAACAGGAAAUCAGAGAAAAGGAGAGAAGGGAAAAGGAAGCUAAAGAGGAAAGACUUCGGCAGGAUUUUAUACAACAACUUAACAAUUUUGACAAACAAAUAAAGUUAGAAAAAGAGGAAAAGAAAAGUGUGAGUACAGAGCUGCAAAAGAGUAGAGAAGAAAUGAGAAAAGAAAAAGAGGCCUUUGAGAAAAAACUCAAAGAUGACAAGGAAAAUCAAAAACAAGAAGAUGAAAAGAGACGACUGGAGGAGCAAAAAAGAAUUGAAGACCUUAAAGAAAAGUACAAACAAGAAAGAAAAAAACAUGAGGAUCAGAGGCAAGAAGAAGAUCAAAUCAAAAGAACACAGGAGGAAAAAAAGAGAAAAAUAAUGGAAGAAAACCACCAAAAAACUCUUAAUGAUCUAAACAAGAAACAUAGUGAUGAAGCCAGAAAGAAUGGUGAAAAAUUCAAUGAAGCCCAAAAGAAACACUUGGACGAAUUAAAAGUUCAGCGGAAAGAGCAUGAGAAAGAAAUUGCCCUACAGUUUUAG